CGCAUGUGUGUAUUGUUUAAACUGGCCAACGCAAACGUGCGGUGUGAGCACACAAACUACCACACGGAGACAUGGCGACCGCGGUAUCCGUUAGCUCAGCUGCCAGAGACGAGAAAUCCUUCACUGGUGCCAAUUUUGUCCCGAAUCCACUCUAUAAAAGUUACGAUCAAGCAGCCGAACUCGAAAACUGCGGGUUUGAAAUGGGCAAACAAGUCGAUGCGGACACCGGCGAUGAGGGUCCACCGACGGGCAGCGACUGUCCGCGACGGCUCGAUGAUGAACUGACGGCCCUUAGUCCAGAAGAGAUUGCUAGUCGUUUGGAAAGAACGAGAAGAGAGUUUUAUAAUCGGCGAAAAAUAAUUAUCAAGAACCUCCCAGCCGAUAUCAGCAAUCAGGAGGUGCACGAGCUGUUAAGCAGCUAUGAUUUGAAGUACUGCUUUGUGGACAAAUACAAAGGGACAGCCUUUGUAACGCUACUAAAUGGUGAGCAGGCCCAGUUUGCGAUUAAGGAAUUUCACCAAUGUGUUCUCCGUGACCGUGAGAUCUCUGUGCAGCUGCAGCCGACGGAUGCUCUGCUGUGCAUCGCCAACCUUCCCAGGGCUUUCACCCAGCAACAGUUUGAGGAGCUCGUCCGGCCCUUCGGAAACAUUGAGCGCUGCUUCCUGGUGCACAGUGCCACCAUGGGCCACUCGAAGGGCUAUGGCUUUGUGGAGUACAUGAAGAAGGACUCUGCAGCCAGGGCAAAGUCAGAGCUGCUGGGGAAGCAGCUUGGGUCACGAAUGCUGUACGUGCACUGGACAGAGGUUGGCUCGCUUACGUUUCCCAUGUUACACUCGCUCUGCCUCUGUGUGGACCGACUACCUCAAAACAUCCUCACCGCCCAGGAUCUCCGCAGUGUGCUGAUUGACACACACGCUCCCAUAUUCUGCCAGCUUGCUCAGGGUCAGGAUUGUAAUUUUCGGCGGUUUGCAGUGCUGGAGUUCUCAACACCUGAGAUGGCGGAGGAUGUGCAGCGGCUGAUGGAUGGGAGAGCUUUGGGUGGUACUCACAUACGUGUGUCUUUCUGUGCCCCAGGAUCACCAGGAAGAAGCAUGCUGGCUGCUCUCAUCGCUGCCCAGACCAUGGCCUUGAACAGAGGGAAAGGUCUCCUUCCUGAACCCAAUGCCAUGCAGAUCCUAACUGGCCUCAAUAACCCUGCCACACUGAAGAUGCUGCUGGCAUCUUUCAACCCGGGGCAUAAACAAGGCCUGCUGGGAGCUGCACCCGCUAUACCUCUGCUGGCUAACCCUGCCCUCUCUGCUGCCCUCAUGCAGCUGCUGCUCCAGAACCAAGUCCAACAGGCUGGACUGUUGAGUGAAAAUCCUCUGGCUGCUCUUCCUCUCCAACAAUGCAUUAAUAUGUUGGGAGAGAUGUCUCAAGGCACUAUUGCUUCAACACUAGGCUUACAGAGUGAAACUCUUGGCCCCAUCAAACAACCAUCCCUCAGCCGACCUCUUGGGAGAGAGAACGAGACCCCAGCUGCCACGAUCGGCUUUGCCCCAGCAGCCUCCCCUGCACUGCAGGGACUGAAUUUGCCCCUCCUGAGUGGGAUGUUCGGAACAGAUGGGCCGACUCUACCAGGGGCAUCUAUAUUGGGCGAACCUCCCAAAGAAGUUGGUGUAUCCCAGAACCCUUUUCUCAGUGCUUCUAGCUUAUUCGCAUCUUCAGGUUCCAGCACAAGAGCUCACCCCUACAGGAAGAGAACAGCGCUUGGCAACACGUCUAACCAACGUGCAAACCACAGCAUCCACUCGAACUACAGCCAGCACUUCCAGGAGUCUUGCACAUCAGAGUUUCCUCUGCACCAGGACCCCUUGUCUCAUUUGUACGAGCAGCAGGAGGUUCUGGAAAAUGUAGCACUUCCCAGCUACGGCUUGCAGCACUCCAGGCACACAAGCUUCAGUGAUGCAGGGUCUCCUUUCAACUAUCCUCCCAGCCCCCCUCAGUCCUCUUAUUUCGGCUUUGGAGCCCAUACCAACAUCCCAUCCACCCAGCUCAAUAAGGCUGUUGGAAUGCCUCCAGUGACUCAUUCCAGCUUAUUUUCUGCUGCACCUGGUACUGGUAUGAAGACUCCCGUCGGUGGGCAGAAGCGUCUGUUCUCCCGUCUCAUCCCGUCUCCAGAGCCCAGUCCAGAGAGUGGAUAUGUAGGUCAGCACUCUCAGGGUCUCGGCGGGCAUUACGCUGACUCCUACCUGAAACGCAAGCGCAUCUUUUGACUGGCACUCGAUGGCUUCCUCUAAAACACCAGCUCUCUAAAGAGAUCGCUACUUUAAUAGCAUCUUUAAGUGUGUUUUUGUGUGUGUGGGUGAAAGAGCAAUGAACCGUCAUUGAGUUCACACCAGUGAAAGGACCCUGAAGCUCAGAUGAUUUGAAGUUUGUGUAUAUAAUUUCAAUGUGUAUGUAAAUAGUUUUAUUUUUAUUUUGCCUUUUUUAAUUUUUUAUUAAUUUUUUUUAAACCCAAAGAUGCAACAGACACCACAAUGAAAGAAAAUGGUUUCCUGCCAUGUUCAUCUGAGUAGUUCUAUUUUGUAGACUUUU